GGCCGGGCACAGCCGGGCCGAGCCGGGCAGAGCCGGGCAGAGCCGAGCCGGGAGCGGCGGCGGACCCGCUGGGCUGCGGCCCAGGCGAACGGCGGGCAGGAAACGCUACCGGAAAGAAGCACGGGCGAGCGCCGCGGCCGGCGGGAGGUCAGAGGGCGGAGGUGAGGAGGGAGCCGCUCCCCGGUGAGCCCCCCCUGCCCCCCAGGCAGGAGUGCUCCAUGUGGGAGGUGCUCCCGUGCCCGCCGUGCCCCGGGAUGGCAGCGAGGUGACGGGGAGGAUGACCCUGACGGAGCGGCUGCGCCUCAGGAUCUCGGGGGCCUUCUACAGCCACGGGCUGCUCUGCGCCUCCUACCCCAUCCCCAUCAUCCUCUUCACUGGCCUCUGCAUCCUGGCCUGCUGUUACCCGCUGCUGAAGCUGCCGCUGCCGGGGACGGGCCCGGUGGAGUUCAGCACCCCGGUGAAGGAUUACGCUCCCCCCGCGCCCGGCCCGGCCCCACACGGGGACCCGGCCGAGAGACCCGACUGGUACGUGGGUGCUCCCGUGGCCUACAUCCAGCAGAUCUUUGUGAAAGCCACCGUGUCCCCGUGGCAGAAGAACUUCCUGGCCGUGGAUGUGUUCCGGGCCCCGCUGUCCCGCGUCUUCCAGCUGGUGGAGGAGAUCAGGAACCACGCCCUGAGGGACAGUUCUGGAGUCAGGAGCUUGGAGGAGCUUUGCCUGCAGGUCACAGAUCUCCUGCCUGGCCUCAGGAAGCUGCGGAACCUGCUCCCGGAGCACGGCUGCCUGUUGCUGUCUCCAGGGAACUUCUGGCAGAACGACCGGGAGCGCUUCAAUGCCGACCCAGACAUCUUCAAAACCAUCCACCAGCAUGAGCCAAAGACCUUGCAGACGUCAGCCACUCUCAAAGACCUGCUGUUCGGGCUGCCCGGGAGGAGCAGCGGGGUCAGCCUGUCCAAGCGGCAGCGCGUGGUGUCCUACACCGUCACCCUGGCGCUGCAGCGCUACGACUCCAGGUUCCUGAGCAGCCUCCGCUCGCGCCUGAAGCUGCUGCACCCCAGCCCCAACUGCUCCCUGCGGGAGGAGAGCGUGGUCCACGUGCACUUCAAGGAGGAGAUCGGCAUCGCCGAGCUCAUCCCGCUCGUCACCACCUACAUCAUCCUCUUCGCCUACAUCUACUUCUCCACACGGAAGAUCGACAUGGUGAAGUCCAAGUGGGGCCUGGCUCUGGCUGCAGUGGUGACGGUGCUCAGCUCCCUGCUCAUGUCCGUGGGGCUCUGCACCCUCUUUGGCCUCACCCCCACGCUCAAUGGAGGGGAGAUCUUCCCGUACCUGGUGGUGGUGAUUGGCCUGGAGAACGUGCUGGUCCUCACCAAGUCCGUCGUCUCCACGCCCGUGGACCUGGAAGUGAAGCUGCGCAUCGCCCAAGGGCUGAGCAACGAGAGCUGGUCCAUCAUGAAGAACAUGGCAACGGAGCUGGGGAUCAUCCUCAUCGGGUACUUCACCCUGGUCCCGGCCAUCCAGGAGUUCUGCCUCUUUGCCGUGGUUGGCCUGGUGUCCGACUUCUUCCUGCAGAUGUUCUUCUUCACCACCGUGCUGUCCAUCGACAUCCGACGGAUGGAGCUGGCCGACCUGAACCGGCGGGUGCCCCCGGAGUCCAUCCUGCCCCCGGGGAAGGCGCCGGGCCGCCCCCGGGCCCCCCCCGCGCGGGCGAGCGCCGCCAGCCCGCACACCAUCACCCUGCAGCCCUCGUCCCUGCGCAACCUGCGCCUGCCCAAGCGCCUCCGCCUCAUCUACUUCUUCGCACGCACCCGCCUGGCCCAGCGCCUCAUCAUGGCCGGGACGGUGAUCUGGAUCGGGAUCCUGGUGUACACCGACCCCGCCGGCCUCCGCACCUACCUCACAUCCCAGGUGACGGAGCAGAGCCCCCUGGGAGAGGCGGGGCUGCCCCCCAUGCCCGUGCCCGGGGGGGUCCUGCCCGCCGGCGACCCCAAGCUCGACCUGUCGGUGUUCCCGUCGGAGCCCAUCCAGCUGCCCGAGAACCAGACGCAGCAGCGGGAGCAGCAGCUGGAGCCCAACCAGCCCCCCUGGGCCCCGGGGGCAGAGGGCAGAGGGAACGGGCAGGGCGAGCUGGGCACGGAGGCAGAGGUGACCUGGGGAGCGGAGGACGAGGAGAUCUGGAGGAAGCUUUCCUUCAGGCACUGGCCAGCCCUCUUCAGCUACUACAACAUCACCCUGGCCAAGAGGUACAUCAGCAUCCUGCCAGCCAUCCCUGUCACGCUGUACCUGAACCCACAGGAGGCCCUGGAGGUGCGACAUCCCCAGGAGGCCUCGCGCUACCACCCCUUCCUGGCCUCCAGCAGAGGGGAUCCGGACACUGGAGCUCAGCCCGACCACACAGCCAAGCUCCAGGGCCACCAGGAUGUCACCCUUUACAAGGUGGCUGCUCUGGGUCUGGCCUCGGGCAUCAUCCUGGUGCUGCUGCUCUUCUGCCUGUACCGGGUGUUCUGCCCCAAGAACUACGGGCAGAACGGGCACGGCCGCAGGAAGAGGGGGGACCUGCCCUGCGACGACUACGGAUACUCCCCCCCCGAGACCGAGAUCGUGCCCCUGGUCCUCAGGGGCCACCUCAUGGACAUCGAGUGCCUGGCCAGUGAUGGGAUGCUCCUGGUCAGCUGCUGCCUGGUGGGGCAGAUCCGCGUGUGGGACGCGCAGACGGGCGACUGCCUCACCGUCAUCCCCAAACCCAGGCUGCGGAGGGACAGCAGCGGCAUCUUCGACUACCAGGAAGGCUGGGAUCAGAGCCCGGACAGGAAGAACGGGCUGGAGGACUCCUUUGAGAGCAGUCACCAGCUCAAGAGGCUGCUGGGCCCCCCUCAGCCCCCCCUGUUCUGCGACCAGCCCGACCUCACGUCCCUCAUCGACACCAACUUCUCGGAGCAGGUGAAGGCGGCCGAGUCGGAGCCGCGGCUCCGGGCCGUGGGCGGCCGCCACAAGGACACGGGCUACGACUUCAGCAGCCUGGUGGGGAAGGUGUACGAGGAGCACGGCGGCUCCGGCUGCAGGAGCGCGGCCUUCCCGGGGCUGCCGGCCCCGCUCGGCCCCGCCGGGCUCUGCGGGAGCAGCGGCCGCGCCCCGGGAUGCGGCUCCGACGAGGGCGGGGGCGGCCGCCGGCGCAGCCUCGGGGACCGGAGCCUGGGGGACGAGCCCUGCGCGGGCUGCGAGACAUCCGCACCCCUGCCCGCCUGGGGAGGGGACCUGGACAGCUCCGUCUGGAGCCUCGACCUGCAGGGGCACCUGAUCGUGGCCGGCCGGAGCAACGGGAAGCUGGAGGUGUGGGAUGCCAUCGAGGGCACCCUCUGCAGCAGCAACGAGGAAGGACAGUCCGGAAUCACGGCCCUCGUCUUCCUCAACAACAGGAUCGUGGCUGCCCGCCUGAACGGCUCCUUGGAUUUCUUCUCUCUGGAGACACACGCGGCCCUGAACCACCUGCAGUUCCGAGGGGCCCCGGGCCGGGGCAGUGUGCCAUCGUCGCCGGUGCUGAGCGGGGGGGCCGUGGUGCUGUGCCAGCUCACCCACAGCGUGGCCUGUGCCCACCACAAGCCCAUCACGGCGCUGAAGGCGGCGGCCGGACGGCUCGUCACAGGCAGCCAGGACCACACGCUCAGGGUGUUCCGGCUGGAGGACUCCUGCUGCCUCUUCACCCUGCAGGGCCACUCGGGAGCCAUCACAGCCGUGUACAUGGACCAGACCAUGGUGCUGGCGAGCGGUGGCCAGGACGGGGCCAUCUGCCUGUGGGACGUGCUGACGGGCAGCCGGGUGAGCCACAUGUUCGCCCACCGCGGGGACGUCACGUCCCUGACCUGCACCACGUCCUGCGUCAUCAGCAGCGGCCUGGACGACGUCAUCAGCAUCUGGGACCGCAGCUCGGGCACCAAGCUCUACUCCAUCCAGCAGGAGCUGGGCUGUGGCGCCAGCCUGGGCGUCAUCUCGGACAGCGUGCUGGUGACGGGGGGCCAGGGCUGCGUGUCCUUCUGGGACAUCGGCUACGGGGACCUGCUGCAGACCGUGUACCUGGGCAAGAGCAACGAGGCGCAGCCGGCGCGGCAGAUCCUGGUGCUGGACAACGCCGCCAUCGUCUGCAACUUCGGCAGCGAGCUCAGCCUGCUCUACGUGCCCUCCGUGCUCGAGAAGUUGGACUGAGCAGGAGCGGGGGCAGGCGGGACCGAGGGGGGCUCGGCCCGAGGGGACGGGACAGCGGCUCCAUCGCUCCGGCCCUGCCUCCGGCGCCUCCCCACCUCAGACACCCGGCAGGGCCCCACCUUCCUGCUCCUCUCCCUGUCCCAGCACCUUCCCUGCCGUCCCGGGGGCUCCCAGGGAUGGUACAGAGGGACACAGGGGGACCCAGGGUAGGGCAGGGGGGAACGGUGGUGGUGGCUCCCAGCGCUGACCUGCCAGGGCACGGAACAGCCCCCGGAGAGCCCCGGGGGCAGCGGGGAGAGGGCCGGGACCGACCCCCCGGGCGUGGCUCAGCCCCCACGUGCCUUAGGGCGUGGCAGGGCCCCCCCAGCCCCACCCCGGCCACAGCAGCCCUGCCCUAUUUAUUUAUAUGCUGUAAAUAGUUAUUAUUUAUUGGGGCAGGGGGGCACGGGGGGCCAGCACCCCCCUCACCCUGGCACAGCCGCCCUGCCUGGUCCCUCCUGCACCCCGUUUGCAGCAAUAGCACCUUCCUCCUCCUCCUCCUCCUGCUGCGGGGCCAGAGGAGGCUUUUCUCAGGUUGGGAGGGGCGGGAGCCUCGCCCACGCUCCUGCAGGUGCUGGGGAGGGACCCCUGGGCGGGGGGAGCACCGAGGGACCCCUGAGUGGGACCAACCAUGGGCAGGCACCACCCCGGGCACGGGGCUGCCCCAGAGCCCCCCACCCUCUGCGGGCCGGGGGCUGCGCUCCCCUCCCCGCUGCACUACAGGCCCCGCUGCAGCCCCUCCCCAGGCCGGGGGUCCCCGCCCGUCCUGCCGUGCCCCCGAACGCCGAUGACGCCUGUUCUCGACCCCCGGUGAUUGUAGAGGCGGUGCCGGCCCGGCACGGGGGCCCUGCAGCCCCGGCGGGCCCCCCGGCCGGCCCCGCGGGUGGCCUUCGCCCAGCUGUACCUUUGUGCCGUACAGGGGACGCUUUUUGUACGACGUGUUUUAUAACUGUGCCAGAACGCCCAUUAAACGGAACUAACCCGA